AGGAUAGGAGUAUAUAAAACAUAGAAUCCUCCACUCAAUUCUUUUAUAUUUUCCGUAUUCAAUUUAUUUCGAACAUUGAAAUGAAACUAAAGUUGAUGUGGUUAUGAAAUAUGAGUUUGAUUCGAAGACACAAGAGUUGUUGUGAGUUAAUUUAAAGUGAGGUUUUGCGCACUUUCCUUGUUCCCGGGACAGGACGAGAGUGUUACAUAAAGCGUUAGCCUCACUCAUCACUGCGACUCCAAUGGAGCCUCCCACAUCCUACAUUUCCACCGAUGAACUUCGCAAGCAUAACACGCGCCACGACGCCUGGAUCUCCAUCCACGGCAAGAUCUACGACGUCUCCUCCUGGCUCCACCGCCACCCCGGCGGCCCCCUCCCACUCCUCACCCUCGCCGGCACCGACGCCACCGACGCCUUCCUCGCCUUCCACCCUCCCAACACCGCCUCCCUCCUCCUCCCCGCCUUCUCCACCUCCCACCGUCUUUCCGACCACACCGUCUCCGCCGCCUCCUCCGACUACCGCAAGCUCUUCUCCGACCUCUCCGCGCUCAACCUCUUCAACCGCAAGGGCCACACAACCUCCAUCCUCCUCUCCCUUAUUCUCACCCUUUUUCCUCUCUCUGUCUGCGGCGUCCUCUUCUCCGACAGCACUUUCGUGCACGUGCUUUCCGCUGCAUUGAUAGGCUUUCUCUGGAUUCAGAGCGGCUGGAUAGGCCACGACUCCGGCCAUUACAACGUGAUGCUCAGCCGCCGCCUCAACCGCGCAAUUCAGAUUCUCUCCGGCAACAUUCUCGCCGGAAUCAGCAUCGGCUGGUGGAAGUGGAACCACAACGCCCACCACAUUGCAUGCAACAGCCUCGACUAUGACCCCGAUCUCCAGCAUUUGCCCUUCUUCGUCGUCUCCUCUAGGUUUUUCAAUUCCCUCACUUCCAGAUUCUACGACAGAAAGUUGAAUUUCGAUUCCUUUGCUAGGUUUUUGGUUAGUUACCAGCACUGGACUUUUUACCCUGUGAUGUGUUUCGCUAGGGUUAAUCUGUUUGCGCAGUCUUUUUUCUUGUUGUUGUCUAAGAGGAAGGUGGAGAACAGAGGCAGUGAGCUUUUGGGUUUGCUUGCAUUCUGGGUUUGGUACCCUUUGUUGGUUUCCUUCUUGCCCAAUUGGUGGGAGAGGCUUUUGUUUGUUUUCGUGAGUUUCUCUGUUACGGGUAUUCAGCAUGUGCAGUUCUGUUUGAACCAUUUUUCUUCUGAGGUGUACCUUGGGCCCCCCAGCGGCGGCGAUUGGUUCGAGAAGCAGACUAAGGGGACUCUUGGUGUGGACUGCUCUCCUUGGAUGGACUGGUUUCAUGGAGGGUUGCAGUUUCAGGUGGAGCACCAUCUGUUUCCAAGGCUGCCACGGUGCCAUUUGAGGAAGAUUGCGCCUUUGGUUAAGGAUCUUUGCAAGAAACAUAAUCUUCCUUAUAAUUGUGUGUCGUUCUGGAAGGCCAAUGUGCUGACGAUUCAGACCUUGAGGAAUGCUGCUUUGCAGGCCAGAGACGGUUCCAAUCCGGUUCCAAAGAAUUUGGUUUGGGAGGCUGUUAACACUCAUGGAUGAAUGGGGGACCUGAGUGGAGUUUCGUGUGAUUUUGCUGUCAUUGAUAGUUUGAUGGAGGUGUGGUGGUACUUGGUAGGUAGGGACGAAAUUUUAUGUAGUUACAUAGGUGCUUUUGGUGGUGUUCUCCUAUCAGAAUUGGAGUUUUAUAUCAUUAUUACCUUGGAUUACCAAGGUAAAACUUCAAAUCCUGUUGGAGGAAAAGACCAAACGCAUCUAAGAAACUGCAUAAGUUUUGUCCGGUAGGUAAUCCUUGGUGAGAAUAAUUGAUUUGCAAAUUGCUUAGAGGCUUCGGUUACUCAUUGUCUUGGUAGCGGGAAUGGCUAGUCUCCUUUUGGAAAUAGGUAAUGCUCAGCACUUCAUGCUUGGGAAUGUAAGCACGGUUUAUUCUCGCUUUGGCCGUUGGCCGUUUGAUUUCUUUAUAAGCCAAGGGUCUCUAUUGUUACAUAACCAUUUGUGUUAUGCCUUUGAAUACAUUGUCAUUUGGAGCAAGAAAUGUACUGUAUGUUAAUUUCAGGUUCAGAUUCCUGAAUGAAUGUCAUUCCCUGCUUCUUGUUUAGUUCUCAUAUCAGUUUAGUAUUAACUCUUAUCUGUACAGCAGAUGGUUGCAAAUUAAUUGUAGCUUCUAUUACGAGAUAAAGUUAGUUAUUUAUAGAA